AUGGCAGGACGCCUGCCUGUGCGUAUAUCACGCAACUGCUCUGGAAAGCGGCUCUUAUCCUACACGGCGCAAAAGUCGUCUAAGUCAGAUGCUAAAACUGUUCAGACCUCGUCGGUGGAUCCAUCGAAGGUUCGCAACGGCAGCCAGGAAUCAAAACCCAAAGUAACCAAGAGUGUUGCUCAAGCUGAUGAGGAGCUUCGUGAACGCCUCGAGCAGAUGUCUGGUGAGGGCGGUGCCUCUGGUAUCGAAUACGAGGAUGGCAAACCAACGGCUAUGAAACGGAGUGUUCGGAACAACAUGUUUCGCUACAUCUGA